UUCUUGCUCCAUUUGAUGAUGGUGUUACCUCCGCCCUCAUGCCGUGUCUCCCCAGGUUGGAUGUUCGGUGCGGUGAUGUGUAAAGUGCAGCCCAUGGCUCAGGGCGUGGCCAUGUGUGCUUCUGUCUUCACUCUAGUGGCUAUCGCAGUAGACAGAUACCUUGCAGUGAUGGCGCCAACUGAAGGGAAGCUCAACAACAGAGUGUGUGCCGUUACUAUUAUAGCCAUCUGGGUUUCGAGCAUUGGAAUCAUGUCACCUAUCAUUCCAAUGAUGGUGUACAAAGAUUACGGGGACGUCCAGACAUGCUCGGAAGGGUGGGAGACCUGGAAGAACAGGAGGGCCUACACAACCUCUCUCCUCGUGCUGUGCUUCGCCUUCCCACUGUUGAUCAUUGCAGCGUUGUACACCCGAGCAGGCGCACAGCUCUACUUAUCUAGUGCGAAAAGAAACCGUGAACAGAACAGAAGCAGGACUGGCCUGGGAAAUAAAGUGCGCGUGUUUAAGAUGAUGGCUGUUGUCGUUGUACUCUUCACCCUCUUGUUCCUACCACUACACGUCUUGACAAUGUUGAUAGACUUCGGAAGCUUGAAUGACGUUGAGAAGAGACCUAUCUAUGCGUACGCCUUCCCAGUCAGCCACUGGCUUAUGUUCAUUCACACGUGUGUUAACCCCUUCGUCUAUGCCCUGCUGAACAGAAACUUUCGGAAAGGUUUUCGGGCUGCGUUUUGGAACAACAGAACGUCAAGCACGUCCAACGCGUGCACGUGUUCUUUCGUGUGGAAGCAAAGAAGAAGGCAAAAACCAAAACUGCACGUGGAGACACCUGAUCUUAGUAAAACACGGAGGAUUUCGAACGACUGUGACCGUUCACACAUGCCAACUCCGAUGAGCCAGACAACAGCAACGGCAGGUGACCGCCCAACUCGAGCAGUGCGACCGGCCACGCUCCUACUCACCACCGCUGUCAUAGAAAGUCCCCAUGGCAUUACCAACAGCACCUCUCUGUCUACAACUGGCUCAACACUGAUUGGCCAUAUCAAGAUGAAAUCUGUUCCAAACGUGUCCUCCCGCGAAGUGCAUGUACCACGUAUACUGGAAACCGCAGUCUAAAUAGAUUAUGCUGGUUAGACUGGUUUUCCAGAAUCAUGACUUUGAUUACAUUAGUAAAUUCAAGAAUGUGCUGUGAUAUCGAACAGAAUACUUUCUUAGCCAUAUAAGUAGUUUAGAUGUAGUAAAAUAUGAAUGAACUUUGUUGCUCAACAGUUGUACAAGGUACAAUGGAUAACAAUCAAGGUACAAUGAAUUGUAAUCAAUAACGACUUAUAGCUAUAUACUAGACAAUAGUACUACUAGGCUUAUUGGGAAAUGCUCUCUUAGCCCAAACACGAUGAAAUAUUUUUUUUUUCCUUUGUCUCUGUUGAUAAUGUAUGAUGGUGUAUGCUUGAUAUGACUUGUCUGUGUAGUCUGUGGACCAUUGGAAGGCAAUAUUUUGUGAUAUAGAGUGUUUUAAAAAACAAUAUAAUA